AUGGAAAAAGAGGGGGCGGGAGGGAGCGGGUGCGGCCUGGUGAUGGGGGUGGAGUCAUCGAUCGUGGUGAAGCAUGCAAGAGAGGAGGUCAGCAAGGGGCAUGUCGGGUUCGUGAUGGCAUACUCGCUUGAUGCGGGAGAUGAAUGCUCGCUUGAUGCGGGAGAUGAAUGCAAAGUCGGGAAUGACGAUGGUGGGGAGGUGAUGGCGGAGGGAGCGGAUGUAUUGGACGAAGCGGUCCGUGGGACCGGUCUGGCAGAGGUGGCAGAAUUGUUCGAGGUAGUCAUCAAUCGUUUUCUGGGGGCGGAAGGUGGCAGUGAGAAGUUUGGCCCAUUGGAGGAAGGAGUGACGUGUGUGCUGGAUGCGCCGGAUGAGGGGCGAGGUGGAGGGAACGGAACAGUGGUGGAGGUUGAAGGGUUGGUGGAUGUGGUGGUAGAGGUGGUAGGAGUGGAGGAGGUCGGUGGGGGGGUGUUGCUGGAGGCGGAUGUGGAGGAGGGAGUGGUUUGCGUUGUGGAGGAUGGAGUGGUUUGCGUUGUGGAGGAGGGAGUGGUUUGCGCUAUGGAGGAGGGAGUGGUUUGCGUCGUGGAGGAGGGAGGUGCAGCCGUGGUGACGACCGUGAUGGAGGGGAUGGUCCCUUCGAGCGUGGUGACGCAGUCGCAUAUGGACGACAUGUUGGCCUUUAUGUCGUCGAGAGAGGCGGUGACCGAGGUUUGGAAGGUGUUGAGUGCGUGGAGGAUGGUGGAGAGGUCGGGGGUGGCGGUGUUUGCUGGUGGUUGUUCGCCUGUAGGGUUGCGGGCAAUGCUAUCGACCCAGUCCGUGCGAAUGUCAGACAUGUUGAUGGAGGAUGCGGUCAUGUCGGGGGAAGAGGGGGUGGAGGACACGGCCGGAGCGGAUGUGGAGGAUACCGAAGCAGCGGUGGCAGCACGUUGGGAGUUCUUGGUUUGGCGUGGUGGCAUGUGGGGAUGGGGGGCACAAUUUCUAUUUACAAGAAUAGAGCGUAAAUUAAUUUGAAUUUAUUCAAAACUGAUUUGCGAGUGUAUUUUUCAAGAAAAUGCGAAGCAAAAUUUUCAGGAAUUUCCAAAUGAAGAAAAAAAAUCAUUCCGAGAAAAACAAAUUCCAACGAAAUUU